AUGGUGUAUAUCAGGCAGCGAAACCUAGAGAAGCUCCACGAGUACAAAUAUUCAGGGGUGGACAAAUCUCUGGUAUCGAGAUAUGUCCUCAAGCCAUUCUACACCAAUGUUGUCAUCAAAUUCUUCCCAAUGUCAAUGGCGCCAAACCUUAUCACCUUGACCGGAUUCAGCUUCGUGAUCAUCAAUGUCCUUACCAUGCUGUGGUAUAAUCCAACUCUCGACACCGACUGCCCUCCUUGGGUCUAUCUGACUUGGGCCAUCGGUUUGUUCUUGUAUCAGACCUUCGACGCUGUAGAUGGCACGCAGGCUCGUCGAACACACCAAAGCGGCCCGUUGGGCGAGCUGUUUGAUCAUGGUGUGGAUGCAUGCAAUACCAGCCUCGAGGUUCUUAUUUUUGCAGCCACCAUGAACCUUGGCCAGUCUUGGAACACGGUCCUUACUCUCUUCGGCACAAUCCUCACCUUUUAUAUCCAAACCUGGGAGGAAUACCAUACCCACACCUUGAUGUUGGGUAUAGUUUCUGGUCCUGUUGAGGGAAUCCUGACCUUGGUUGUGGUCUACUUCAUUACCUUCCUCAAAGGUGGGGCGAGUUACUGGCAACAACCAAUGCUGCCUAGUCUUGGUCUUCCCAAGAGCGAUCUUCUCCCAGCCUCUCUUUACCAAAUGGCAUGGAACGAGUGGUACAUGGUGUAUGGUGGGCUGGUCUUGGUCUUCAACACCGUGAGCAGUGCAUUGAACGUCAUGGACGCCCGACGGCAAAGAGGCCAGGAUCCUUUCAAACCACUCCUGGGCCUGGUCCCUUUCGCCAUCACAUGGACCCUGAUACCUACCUAUCUCUGGCUGAAUCCGGUUAUUCUCCAUCGCCACCUGAUUCCCUUCAUUAUCUUUGCUGGGAUUGUCAAUGCAUACUCCGUGGGGCAGAUGAUUGUGGCACACUUGGUCAAGGAUAGAUUUCCGUACCAAAAUGUCCUUGUCGUACCGUUGGCUUGGGCCAUCAUCGACAGCCUGGGCCCGAUACUCGGGCUGUGGCCAAGCGCGCUUGGAGAUGAUGUCUACCAAGUCGCGUUUGUUUUCCUGUCACUUGGUCUAGCGCUGGGUGUAUACGGCAGCUUUGUUCACGAUGUCAUAACCACGAUCUGUGACUACCUGGAUAUCUGGUGUCUCACGAUCAAGCACCCUUACGUGGAGAAUGCCCAGAAUUCUGAAGCCAAAAAGUCCAAAUGA